AUGCUUCGUACAUGUGCAAAUGUAUUAAGACAACGAACAUCGCAAGUAUGGGUUUCAGUAAGAUUAAUGGGAAAUGAUCCAUCACCUGGUUCUAUAAAUGCUGCUCAUGAUAAAUUUGCUGAACGUGAACAAGCAUUGGAAAAUAGUUAUUUUAGAAAACAAAAUGAAGAACUUUUAGCAAAGUUACGACAACGACAUGACGAUUUAGAAAAACAAUCCGAUGUUAUUGAAACAGAACAAGAACGAAUUGAAGCCGAAAUUAAAAAAUUAGAACAACAAAGAGAAGAAUUAAUGAGAAAAGGACAGAAGACGUCGAAAGCUUGA